GUCGCAAAAAAAUCAAUACCAACCCCCAACCCUCCUCGUUAAAAAUGUAAAUGCGAAAAAAUUCAAUACUGUGCAGCCAUACGCGACGGUCGCAGCGUUUCACCAUUCACAUACUCUCUGCCCCCCACACGCACGGCACCGCAAUCGAGGAAAAACGCCCGAAAUUGUCCAAAGCUCGGAACGGUAACUGAAGCUGCCCCAAUCCCUGGCUGUGUAUUCCCACAUUCGAGCCCUCGAGCCCAGUGCGUCCCAGAAGCCAGUAAAAUAUUGCAAGCCGGCAAAAAAAAAAAAAAAGAAUCGCGAGUGGAACGGGAAAGAAAUUGUGUGAAAAGUGUUUCAUCAAUCGCACUCAUCAUCUGGGAUUCCGGACUCCGAACAUACGUACAUACAUACAUAUAUCAAGUGCAGGGCGCCAGGAACAAAGCUAGAAGACGGCGUCGUCAGCGGGAGCGCCACCAGAAGCAGCGGCAACAUACGCUAAUUUGAUUGCUCGACGGCGGCUGCGGCAGCAACGGCGUCGUCGGCGGUCACGGUGACGACGACAACGACAACGACACCAAUAGCAACAGCAACAAUAAGCUGCAAAAACGGCUGUGAAGGCGGUUCUGGUGUCAGCGUCGGCGUCGGCGUCCUGCCAUAGGCUGUGACGGAGGAGACCACCGCUCUUCCUCCUCCUCUUUCUGCUGCUGUUGUUGCUAUUGUUGUUGGUGGCGGCAGCAGGUACAACAAUGAUAAGCAGAACCGAUUCACAGACAUAACACAUUGCGGUGGAGGUUGAGAAGAACGGCAUGGUGAAAAUGGAAUCCACGGAAGAACAGGAUCGAAAGCUAGUCUUGGAGUUUUGCCAUUUGCUAGAGAAAUCCAAGCAGCUCUUCAAUGGGCUCAGGGAUCUGCCGCAAUAUGGUCAUCGGCAGUGGCAAGCGUAUUUCGGACGCACCUUCGAUGUCUAUACAAAAUUGUGGAAAUUCCAGCAGCAACACCGCAUGGUGCUCGACUCCAAGUACGGACUGAAGCGUUGGCAGAUUGGCGAGAUAGCAAGCAAAAUUGGCCAGCUCUAUUAUCACUAUUACUUAAGAACCAGCGAAACCAACUACCUGAAUGAGGCGUAUCAGUUUUAUGCGGCAAUACGUGGACGGGCGUAUUACUCGCGGGCAGCCAAGGAGGAUCGGCCCGAUCUGAUGGUGAAAAAGCUGCGCUAUUAUGCCCGCUUCAUUGUCGUCUGUCUGCUGCUCAAGAAGAUGAAGCUGGUGCGCGAACUGGUCACCGAACUGGAGAAGCAGAUACAGGAGUACACCAACACUUUUCUCAGCUACGAGCCGGAGGAUCAUUUGGAAUGGUCGCUGGUUUUGGAGGAGAUCAAGGGCUUCAUCAAGGCCGAGGCAGCCGUAGCCGUACUGCAUGCCGAUUCCAAUCCCAUCAUAUUAUCGCACAGUGGUUCCGGUUCUAGGUUAUCGCCGCUGACAACGCCGCCCUGCGAGCGGUCGCCGCACAUGACGCUGAGCCUGCAGGAGAUCCUGAUCGUGGGCUCUGCCUGUGAGCAGGCCAAGUUCUCGGAACUGACCAUGGACAUGUUCCGGAUGCUGCAGACGCUGGAGCGAGAGCCAACGGAAUCGGCAACGAAUCCGCUGAGCAUGGCGCAUGGCCUGCACGGACACGAUGCCAGUCCUGCGGCCAGUCGCAUUCCACCCUACGGUGUGCCAGGAUCCAAGGGUUACCAGGAGAAUGGCCGUCAUUUUCGAGACAAUCCCCACAAGUAUCUACUUUAUAAGCCUUCGAUUAGCCAGCUGAUGGUCUUCCUCGCCAGCGGCGUUAGGGAACUGCCACUGGGUGGCGCCUUACUCUUGUACAUGUCCGCGGACGGCUGUUUCUCCACCACAAAACAUCCCGAAGACUUUGGAUAUGAGCUGGGCGGCGUCGCCACCUGCGCCAAGCGGGACAGUGUCGAUGGCGGGGGACUGUCGUGUCGCGGGAAAUCGUACAAGGAGAACCACUGCCUAUAUCCGGGUGAUCUCUAUCCGUUCACACGCCGGCCCAUGUUCAUUGUCAUCGACUCGGACAACUCGUUCGUCUUUCAGCACAUACCCCGCUACUUUGGCCAGCCGCUGGUCGUACUCAUGUCACCGCAAGACGUACCAUCCGCAUUUCAAGCCGAUGUCCAGCAUCAUGGAUCGCUGUUUACGUUGUUCCUGCACUCCCCGCUCACGGCCCUCUGCUACAUUUGCAAUGUGGGCGAUGUGCCCAUCCAUCAUUGGGAACGCUGCCAGACCUAUGUGGAUCGCUUCAUAACGGAGGCCUCGCGCCUGGUCACGCGUUGCCGCAUGGAUGAGAUCGAACAGGGCAUAGGCUGUAUAGACUCAUCGUAUGUUCAGUUCUUUGGCGACGACUUUCUGCGCACACUCAUCUUACGUUUCGUCUUCUGUGAUGUGGUGCUGCGUUUGCAUCGUGGGUUCCGUGGUCGCCACAUGCGGCCACGCUGCGAGCCCCAGCUGCCAGGAAGCGAGCUUCUGGAGCAUCCAUCGUUAUCGCACAUUGUCUUUCAGCUGGCCUCGGCUCUCGAUGUGCGCGGCCAUUUCUCGGAGGGGCCGGAGUGCGACUGAUGAUUUUUUUUGGCCGUAGUCUUAGUCCUAGUCUUAAUUGUCUGCAUGCGACAGCAGCUCUACCAGAUCCUUUGCUCUUACUUUUCCGCUUUGAUGCAUUUGCUGUACAAUACUUUUCCGCAAGGUUGGACUUGGAGCUGGCACUGGAUCUGGGCCUUGGGCUCUAUAGAGGGGGUAUAAGGGGAAGGGGGUCUUUUGGGAGUUUCUACUCAUUUUUUUUUUAGUGGGGGUUAAGUAUCCUAACUGCCUGGCUGCUGUCCACGCAUGGGCGUAAUUCAUUUUAAUAAUAACGUACAACAUAACGACAUAACAUAAUAAUACAAGUAUGAAUAUAAAUAUAUAUAAUAUAUGCAUAUAUAAAGUCAAGUACGAGUAAAUAUAACACGUAAUCAAGUAGCUAGUUUUCUUAUAUAGUGCGUCGCGCAAUGGAAUGGUCCAAUGUUAGUUGCUUAGCAUAUACAUACAUGAUAAAUGAUAAAUCUAAUGAUAACGACACAUAUACAUACAUGAAAUCAAUGAUAUUAAACCAAUAUCACAGCAACAGCAACGCAACAGAAAGAAAAACAACAACCACAAAACAUGUCAAAAACAAACCUAACAAAACGAUAACUGCCAAAAGAAAAUGAUGGGAAAACAUUUCCAAAGUUGAAAUCAAAUUUUGUUGAAGCGAGUUCGUGGGACGAGGACGGGGCAAUUUUUGUAUUGAAAUUGGGUGAACUUUUUUUGUAUGGGUCUAGGAUCAUCGCCUGAUCAGAAAGAUAUAUAAGGAUAUGUAAACUUUUGUCAUACGCAGCGGAAAAACAUUUUAGCUUUUAUACAAAAUAAAAACCAUUAUUGAAUGUGAAUUAUGAACACGACACACUAUAUAAGAAAGGGAAUGCAUUGCGUUUUUUUAUGCAUUGCACACGGCGGCGCGCUCAUAACAAAUUAAAUUUAAAAUUAAAAUUACAAACAAAAAAUUACGAAACCAGAAUAUUAUUGUACGUAUGUAAUAUUGCAUAUAUUGUAUGUAUGUAUUAUUAUUAUUAAAAGAUGACUGAAAGUUACUGUUUCAACACGGGAAAAUACGGAAAUAAGAAAAAGGGAAACCCGAAAACCAAAAGGAAAGUCUAGCAAAAAUAAUAAUUAAAAAUAACGUUUAUACAUAAAGCCCUAGAUAAGCGGAAACUAAGUGGGAAAAAUAUACAAAAUAUAUUUUGCGUAUGUUAAAAUACGACUACUCGUAAAAUACAAAAAGCCCAACCAACAUUUUAUACGAAACCGAACGACAAAUGCAUACAAAAAAGUUUACAAUGUAACUAAGACGAAAAAUCUGUUCUGUUCUGGAAUCGUUUCUCCAAAAUAUAUUACAAUUUCAGUUUUCAGUUCGGUUCAGCUUAGACCCUGAAUCAUCGCAUUAUAAUAUAUUAAACAGUUAUAAUAAAAUAUAGUUGCAAGUCA